CCAUGCAACGUUGAAAAUUAUCAGAAGUUGAGAAAGCAGUGCACGCAGGUUCUGUAUGAAAAAGUCAACCAAGUCCAAGGCGACCUCAUUCGAAAUUGCAGGGACUUCGCUGAUUUUGAGGUCUGCCUCCAAGACAGCUGGAAGAUUGCCUGUGAAGGUUCUACAGCGCCCACCCAGAACAAUGACACGCUUGCACUGGACAUGAAGAGGAAGUACUUCUCCAACUGCCUCAAUGACACAAGCGCCCUAUCAGAGGAAUGCCGGCCAGACAAAGCAGUGAAAAAGCUACUGAACUGUGGAAGCCAGUUUUACGACAUGGCUGUACACGUGUCCAACAAGCGUUCAGCAAUAUCACUUUCUUCGCUUUGCCCGGAAGUCGAGAAGUAUGGGCUAUGUGCCCACAAAGUCCAGCAGGAGGUGAACUGUUCGCUCGGUUAUCGGAUGGUACCUCACAUGAAGUACGUAGCGGACAACAUAGUGCACAGGUACCAACUGCUCUGUACUGCCCUGAGAAAAUCAGCUUUCCAGAAAGGUACCACAGCAUGCGACCGUCAAAAGUUCAUAAACGACAUGUUCCUCUGCGGCUACCACUUUGCUAACGUUGCCGAAGUUGUUGGGGCGAAUGCCGAAGAAGUGUGCGCGUACGUACAGAAGUACAGAGAAUGCCACAACACGUCUGUUGUCUCAUACGGCUGCGCUCCUCCCGAUCACCUGGCCAAGGACGCCGAAAAAUUUUUCGUGCUCCUCACACAAAAGUACAACAGCACGUGCGCAUCACAAGGGAGGGCUCGCAGUUCGCCCCUGACGUCACGCCUUACGCUUAAAGAAGAUGUUGCAUACACAUGCGACGGAAAUCGAUUCAUCCGAUACUUCUUCCAGUGCGCCGCCGGCUUUGUGAAUGCAACAAACCACAUGCCAAAGGAUCUGCAAUAUAUCUGCAGGGUGGUGAGCAUCUACAGGCACUGCGUCAACGGGGCGCGACACGCGACUCACUGCAACACGAGGAUGGAGCUCAACACCCACCUCUCCUACAUGCAGAACUUUAUCAUGGAACAGUACGAGCCCAUGUGCGCCAUGAGACGAGGCAAGACAUCCAGGGAGAGCGGCCCCAAAGAGACGGAACGCUAAACUGCGUACCGCUUGCCACAGCGCGGCAGUGUCGGAACAAAACUCGCACGCGCAUAGAAACUUUUUUUU